AUGCAAGGUGUCAAAUACAGGUUCGGGCGAGGGCCACAUUCGCUCUCGCUGAGUUCUAUGAGCCCGUUUGGGCUUCAAAAUGCCAAUGGCGGGAACGGGUUGCUUAGAUAUAACAGUCGCCCGACGAAUUCUAUAAGCAUUGAAAACAUCCCUGAUCAUGUUGAACGAAGAGAACUCGUAUCCCUCUUUGGCACCCUCAUAGGCGAAGUUCGCAGCUUCCAGGAUAUCAGGGAUGGACCUUCUCCCCGCUUGGAGAUCACGUUCAAUGAUCAGGAUUCAGCCUCUAAAGCAUUGUGCAUGAACGGCUAUACUGUUGCAGGCUCUCCUCUGACGGUGUCUGCACUUACUAUGUCCUCACCAAUCCCUCGUGCUGUCAAGCGUUCCACGGACGACCGCCGAAAUCUUUAUGUUCUCGGGCUUCCAUUUGCUCUCACCAAAAACGACUUUACCGCCAUUUUCAGUCCAUACGGCACUGUGGUUCACUGUGUUAUCUUGGCGACUGUCGACAAUUCCUCGCGACGUCGGGGCUUUGUUGUCAUGUCUUCUCACGAAGAAGCGAAGAACGCCAUGACAGCUUUAACUCGUACUCAAAUCAAAGGCCACACGCUCGAUGUUUCAUGGGCGGUUGUACAGCGCUCCCAAGGUUUCUUGGACGGAGGAGAUCGCGGUGUUCUAGUUGAUUCCCGUUCUCAGCUUCCGAGCCCUAGCCCAAAGCCUCUUCAUGAAACCCGCAGCCGUGCCUCCUCUGACACUUCGGAUUCCUCUCUUGGUUCACAUGAUGCAGAUCUUCCUUCUCUGAUGCCUAGCUCUAGCCCAACAGCCUCUUUGCUUGUUUGCAAUCUGCCUACUCUGUUCUUUUCUCAGGCUCAGGAUCUCCAUCCACUAUUUGUUCCCUUUGGUAACGUCGAAAAGCUCGAGAUCAUCCAGGUUUCACCGCUCGGAACCCUGUCGGUCUUCGUGCAGUAUUCCUCCGUGACCGCUGGCCAAGAGGCGAAAGACAGUCUUACUGGACAGAUAUAUGGGAGCUGCCAACUGGAGGCGCGCUAUGUCAAGUAUUCGAACACAACAGCUACUCUGACUCCGAGUCUGACUCCGACUUUCUCGGCCACUGGGAUUUCAACGCCGGAUAGGAUCCUGGAUCCUUUGCCUCCGGUGGACUAUUUCUCGCAUUCGCGUGGCGAACUACUUAAUCAAGCUUCCUCCUUCGUCCACCCUAUGAAGACUUCGUCGUCAUUCAACCCCUUUGGGCCUCCACUUUCGCGUCACAAUUCUUUUACUGCUCGUCAACGAACUCAAAGCACGUUCUCUGCGAUACAAUCCGCCACUUCUCAUGGAGUUUAUGACUUUAACGAUCCUCUUCUUACUUCUACUGGCUCCAGGUGGAGCACUGAACAACCGUAUGGAACCAUGACCAACCUUCAGCGCCAGUGUGCCCAUCCCAAACCCUUGCAACUCGGCAACACCGUCUAUCAAAGCUCUGCUGCUUGA